CACACCGCUACCCAUUCCAGGAUGCUGUGGUGACCCAAUGCAGAGAGAGAACGAGAGAUACACACACACAUAAUGCCUAACAACGCUCUGGCAUCACACAGCCCACCCCACCCCUCCUUCCCUACAUACACACAUCCCAACCCCAUAUGCCUCUCCGUUCCUUUAACCAGCCUCUUUCGUUUGCUGCUGCUUCCUUUUUUUCUCUCCUUCCUCCAAUGGUUUCUCCCAAUGACAUAAUAACAGCAUGCUAGCAUCUCUCUCCUAUACAGCAAAAUACCCCUCGAUAUAAAACGCCAUUUCGCAGAAUCUUCUCUGGCUGGUGCCAUCAACAACCCACUGCCGGGUGGGGGGACAGCGAGAGAAGCCGUCUCUCACCUCCCCCAGUGUGUGACACCUUUGGGAAAGCAGACCUUUUUGGUAGUAGUUGUUGUUAUUGCUUUAAGGAAUCACAGAGUCACACAACUAGUUGGGUCCUUGGCAAGCUGAGUAAAAAAGUUCAAGUGAUUUCCAUAAACCAAUCUGUGCCUCAAGACUGAAGAGCAGCAGCUGAAACUCAAGAUUUCUCAAGCAAAGAGAAAUUUGGAAGAUCCGAAAGAGAAACAGAAAACAGGCAAGCAAGAAAAAGAGGAAAAGAAACCAAGAAACUUGAUCUGAAGAUACUGAGAACGUUCCCAAGCAUUCCUAAAAACUCACUGAAGUUGUGUAGAUUCAGGGAGCAACAGUUUUCAGAAAACACAACAAAGUGUCUUUGAAUGUUCUAGUCUUUCCACAGGACUUCCGCAGGUUCCUCGUCAUCCAUUCAGAAGAUUAAUACAAGCAAUUUAGAGAUCCUGUAGAUUUUCCUAUAGCUUCCAUUGCUCAGCAUCUCUCCAGAAAAUCCCUACAAGCUUCCAGAAAAUCUCCAGUAAAUAUCUAGAUCUUUGAUAGAGACCUUCUGCUGUCCUACUAGUAGGCAUCUACGUGCCAUACUGUAGUAGCCUUCCAAAGGAUUGUCAACUAGCUUGUCAGGAUUUCCACAUCAGAAUAGACCCGCUGCUAUUCCUGCCAUUCCACAGCCUGCUAGUUGUCAAUUCCUUCAUUUUCCAGUUGUGUCCUCCACCAUAUUUUUCUGAAUUGCUCUCAACAAUUUCUAUACAAAUCACUUGUACGCUUUCUUCAAGUUCUCAAUCAUUCUCCAAAAAUUCUGAAUGUGAUUUCUGCCACUUCUUUGGCAAGCUCCUUUUUUAAAAAAAGGGACAAUCCAUUUAUAUUUUCCUGCUACAUAUUUGAAGAAGAGCUCCCAAGAGAACUAAGUAUUCCAGAAGCAAACCAGAAGAACCUCUGCCAGUAUUCCUCGCAGCAUUCCCAAGAUCUUACAAAGACAAUCUUCCUCGCCUGUCCAAUCCCAAGGCUCCUUCUACACGAAAGCUAAGUAAACAAAGGCAGUCUCCUGCUGUGAUUUCUCAAAAGCCAUCAGCAUUCCAAAUUCUGACUGAGAGGAAGCCAGCUGCAGUAGGCAAGUCCUCCAUCCUCACCACUCUUAGUACCACUUGCAUUCAUUCGUGCUGGCUUCGUUUCUCACCGCCAAGCUGGAGUCACUUAAGCGCUGGAAUGAGGAAAGGAUGGUGUGGUGUGAGAAAGGUGUCCAGAUUCUACUCACCACUGUGGGGGCCUUUGCGGCCUUUGGCCUCAUGAUCAUUGCCAUUGGCACAGAUUACUGGCUGUACGCCCGUGCCUUCAUCUGCAAUACCACCAACAUCUCUACUGAGGAAACUCCCCAGAAGGACAAGAAAGACCCUGGAGGACUUACCCAUUCAGGUCUUUGGAGGAUAUGUUGCUUAGAAGGGCUGAAGCGAGGUGUAUGUGUAAAAAUUAACCAUUUUCCAGAGGACACAGACUACGAUCACGACAGCGCGGAAUACCUCCUACGUGUGGUACGGGCCUCAAGCAUCUUCCCGAUUCUAAGUGCUAUCUUGCUGUUACUGGGAGGAUUCUGCGUAGCUGCAAGCCGUGUCUACAAAUCUAAGCGCAACAUUAUCCUCGGUGCUGGCAUCCUAUUUGUUGCUGCAGGUCUCAGUAACAUCAUCGGUGUUAUCGUUUACAUCUCCGCCAACGCUGGGGACCCCGGCACAAAACGGGAUGAUGAGAAGAAGAGCCACUACUCUUACGGCUGGUCCUUUUACUUCGGUGGCCUUUCCUUCAUCCUGGCAGAGAUGAUUGGAGUCUUAGCCGUCAACAUCUACAUUGAGAAGAACCGUGAGGCCCACUGCAAGAGCCGCACAGAGCUGCUGAAGAACCCUUCCUCUUCCUCUUCGGCCAUCUUGCGCCUACCCAGCUACCGUUUCCGAUACCGCCGCCGGUCACGCUCCAGUUCCCGCUCUACCGAACCCUCGCAGUCUCGAGAAACCUCACCAGUAGGCCUCAAAGGGUUCCCUUCCACCGACAUCUCCAUGUAUACACUGUCGAGGGACCCCUCCAAGGCCAACAUCAGCUCCCUCUAUGGCGGUGCCAGCGAAACGGCCUCCACGGGGGCGGCGGCAGCACCACCACCGUCAGGGGCAACGGGUACAGGCAGUGGUGGGUUCUUACAGUUGCACAACACCUUCCCCAAGGACCCUGGCGUCACUGUCACUGUAACCGGGCCCAACGUAGCGGGGGCAACAGGCACCUUGGGUAAAGAUGCCUCCUCCAACACCAACACCCUCAACAGGAAGACAACUCCAGUGUAAGGAAGGAGCAAAGUGAGGAGAGGGUAUAGAAAGGGUAAGAGGUGAAGGCAAGACACAGCUCAAAGGAUGUUGGGGGUGUCAGAAUGUUCUGAAGCGAGAAAACAAUCCAUUCUACAGUUCCUUCCUUCCCUUUUCUCGUUUCGUCCUCCUUUCCUUCCACUCUUUCCUUUCAACCUCUGUCUCUUUGGUCUUCCCUCCAUCUCCCUGCCCUGAACUUCCGUCACCUUUUUUGACCUACCAGUGGGACCUAAGAUUACAUCUCACAUCUUGUGGAAGAGAAGGAGUAUUUUCACCAAGGGGCUUUCUGUGAAAAUAAAUAAAAAACAAAUACGAGGCAGACUUCAACCAUUUCUACUACCAGGUUUAGGAGAAAUAACUCAAACAUCACUGUCCUUACAAUCAGGCACCUCGAGGAUAACCAGGACGGAUGCUUUUGACACAGACUACAGAAGGAGGGAGCCCGUGACUGCGGCUCCGUGGCUCUCGGAGAAGUGUCAUUCCUCAUGCACACUUGGUUGACUUUUCUACUGGACAGCCAAGAGGGCCUGAAAGUGGUGUGGAUAGGGAUUGGAAGUGGUGUGGGUAUGGAUUGAAAGCCCGGUCUCCCCUGUUCACAAGCUGUGUACAAGAUAGCUUCCACAAUGUACUGUGCCAAAAUCUGGGGCUGCAGUGCGGAUCAAGAGGGUGUUUUGUUCCUCGCGGAGUAUAAGGGAUCCCUCUUUUCUCCUUCACUGCAGCUUUACUAAGGGCUGACAAAAGUUUGUGCCAAAACACAGUGCCAUGGGGU